AUGGCUUUCCUGGAGGAUAAGAACCACACUGCAGUGACGGAGUUCAUCUUAUUGGGCUUGACAGAUGAUCCAGUCCUUAGAGUCAUUCUCUUCACCAUCAUCCUGUGCAUCUACCUGGUGACUGUGUCUGGGAACCUCAGCACCAUCCUUCUCAUCAUAGUUUCUUCCCAGCUCCAUCACCCCAUGUACUUUUUCCUCAGUCACUUGGCUACUGUUGACAUAGGCAUCUCAUCUUCUGUCACACCUAAUAUGCUUGUCAACUUCCUGGUAAUGCAAAAUGCCAUCUCCUAUCUUGGAUGUGGCAUCCAGCUUAGCUCAGCUGCUUUCUUUGGGGCAUGUGAAUGUUUUCUUCUGGCUGCCAUGGCUUAUGAUCGCUUUAUGGCAAUCUGCAACCCACUGCUUUAUUCAACCAAAAUGUCCUCACAAGUCUGUGUCCAGUUGGUUUUGGGAUCUUAUUUAGGGGGGUUUCUUAAUGCUUCCUCCUUUAUUUUUUGCUUCUUUUCUCUUUCCUUUUGUGGACAAAAUCGAGUCAAUGGAUUUUUCUGUGAUUUUGCUCCAUUGGUGGAACUCUCUUGUUCUGAUGUCAGUGUUUCUAGAGUUGUUAUCUCAUUUUCAGCUGGCUCAGUUACUAUGAUCACAGUGUUUGUCAUAGCCAUCUCGUAUUCCUAUAUCCUUAUCACUAUUCUGAAGAUGCGUUCCACUGAAGGCCGCCACAAAGCCUUCUCUACUUGUACCUCUCACCUCACUGCAGUCAUGCUGUUCUAUGGGACUGUCGCAUUCAUCUAUGUUAUGCCCAAGUCCAGCUACUCAAUGGAUCAGAACAAGGUGGUGUCUGUAUUCUAUAUGGUGUUGGUCCCCAUGUUGAAUCCCCUCAUCUACAGCCUUAAAAAUAAAGAGAUUAAGGGUGCUCUGAAGAGACAGUUUAGUAAGAAAAUACUUUCUUAG